AGGUCGGCUACACCAAAGACGGCCGGAUCCAGAGCGUUGCCAUGGACAUGUACGUCGACGCUGGCCAUUCUGCUGACAUAGCCUUUGGCGUUCUGCAGUUGAGUGUGUUGAACUUCGAGUCAGCGUACCGUUACCCCAACUGCCGUAUAACGGGGCUACCUGUGUAAGACGAACACUCCACCUAAUACAGCCCUCAGAGGGUUCGGUCUGCCUGACAGUUUCCUGGUGUCGGAGGUGAUAAUGACAAAGGUUGCCAGCAGGCUCAACAUGGCUGAAGCCAAGGUGCGUGAGAUGAACAUGUUGAGAGAGGGUGACGUCAUGGUGACGACGAUGUUGCUGGACAACUGCACGCUGUCUCGGUGUUGGCGUCAGUGUCUGGAGGAAAGUCAGUAUGAAGUCCGGAAUACAAGGGCGAAGGAGUUUAACAGACACAAUCGUUGGAAGAAACGUGGCUUUGCGAUGGUUCCCUAUCGCUUUGGCGUCGGCUUCAAAGACAGAUUUCUUUGUAAGGCAGGUGCUCUGGUGCACGUGUACGUGGACGGCUCGGUGCUGCUGACCCAGGGAGGGACGGAGAUGGGCCAGGGACUCUACAUCAAGAUGAUACAGGUGGCGUCACAUGUCCUUGGAAUACCAGCUAGCACCAUCCACAUCGCCGAGACGAGCACCAACACUGUUCCCAAUACAUCGUCGACGGGAGCCAGUGUCAGUACAGAUCUAAACGGCAUGGCGGUGAAAGAUGCGUGUGAGGAGAUAACGCGACGGCUGGAGCCCAUCAAGAAGAACAACCCCGACAAGACCUGGAAGGACUGGGUACAGGAGGCUUACAUGACCAAUGUUAAUCUGUCGGCAGCCGGAUACUACAGUUCACGUGAAAAGGGCGGCUACGAUUUCAACACCGGCAAAGGCCGUCAAUGCGAGUAUAUGACAUAUGGCGCAGGGUGUUCCGAGGUGGAAGUGGAUUGUCUUACAGGAGAAUGUCAGAUCCUCCAGACGGACAUGGUCAUCGAUGUUGGUCGGAGCCUCAACCCCGGGAUUGACCUCGGACAGAUAGAGGGCGCUUUCCAAAUGGGCUGUGGGCACAUGUUGCUGGAGAGCGCCGUGGUGUCUGAGGAUGGAUGGAUGGUGAAGGAGGGACCUGGUGAAUACAAGAUACCCACCGUGAGGAACAUCCCCCGGAAACUCAACGUGUCCUUGCUCAAGGACAGCAACAACCCACAUGGUAUUUACUCCUCCAAGGGUAUCGGGGAAGCGUCGAUAUGCAUUGCUAUGUCGGUGUACCUCGCACUGAAAGCCGCCAUCUUGGAUUGUCGGAAGGAGAAUGGCUGUGACGCUGAUUUCGAUUUGCGGGUGCCAGCUACAUCGGAGAGGAUCCGAGAGGCUUGUCGGGCCUGUAUCUCCAAACUAACAGAUUGACGUUUCUUAACAUCGGACGUACCACGGUGGAGUGAUAGACCAUGUCGUCUACGGCUGCAUGAUCAUCGUUUAUUUGUGAUGACGGAUUUACCAUGAAUGGUACGUCAUGGUGCCUUCGAUUCGAAAUGAUUUGUCUCAGAUAGCAUCCAGUGAGGUUAAUUUAGUUUAAACAUUGUUUGGCUUGAACAAUACGUCCGUUAUGUCAUGUCGUGCUGGGUUGUUGUUGGAACCAAUCAGGAUCUUAGAUGCUUACCAAACGUUUGUGGAACCCCCGCCAUAUUGCACUGACAAAAUGUUCGAAGUAAACGACCAUUUCACCAACAGUGUCCACUCCAGCCAGUACGUGGUGUACGAGAAAGGAGUAUGAGUUGCAGAACCGAGGUGUAUCUAAUGUUAUCAUUAUAAUUGAGAUAUUAUGGACACACUGAAGGUGAACAUCAUCCUAUUGCUGAUCUACUUGUACGUUAGUAUUAGUAUUCAUUUGAGUAUUACUAAUUAUUUUGUCACAGAAUAACCUGGGCUUGUGGUUAAAGUGUUUGCUCAUCAAGCUGAAGACCUGGGUUCGAUUCCCCAUAUGGGUACAAUGUCUGAAGCCAUUCCUUGUGUCACCCUGCCGUGACAUUGCUGGAAUACUGCUAAAAGCGACGUAAAACUCACACAAAGUAUAAUCUCAACAGUUCUUUUCACUGUCGUGUACUUAUUUUCAAAUGUCAAAUGGAACUGAUAAGUGAAUACAGGUAAAAUAUUACAAUGCUGGUAGAUGGAGGAAAACCGAGUUCUAUGGUCAACUUCUUUAUUGCAAUGAAUGCGACGUUUCGGUGUAGAUACUAACACCGUUAUCAAGUGAUAUAAAGAAGUUGGCUAUCUAUAGAACUUGGUUUUCCUUCAUCCUUACAACUUCUAAAAUGCAUCUCAAAGAAGCCGGAAUACUGGUAGACAUUCGUGUUGAUCAUGUUAUCCCUAAACUUAUAUUCAUGCUGUUUUGCAACCAGAAUCUUCCAUUAAAUAAUAAUAAUUAGAACGAACAA